AUGCAGCCAGUGAUUAUUGGAGUCGCCGAUAUCAAGAAUCGGUCGGUAGCCGUUGAGGAUGCGAAAGAACCGGCUGAUCUAAUGCUGGAGGCUAUCAAUUCGGCUAUUCGAGAUGCAAGCGACUGUCCAGAAACUCUUUCGCGUCUACGGUCUAGCAUCGAUAGCAUUAGUGUCGUUCGAACCUGGACUUGGGACUACCCGGACCUUCCAGGGCUUCUCUCUCUGCGUCUUGGGAUUAAUCCUGGGCAUCAGAUUUACAGUGACCACGGGGGCAACCAGCCAGCUAAACUUUUUGACGAAGCAGCUCUCCGGCUUGCAACUGGAGAUAGCAAGGUUGCUGUACUUACGGGAGGGGAAGCUCUAGCCUCUUUGGCCUCAUGUGUUAAAGAGAAGAGGAUGCCCCCGCCUGGGUGGUCCCGACCGUCCAAAUCUGUUAAAUAUGUUUUCUCGCCCACUACAAGGGAGCUGAAGAAAGAUCUUGGUGGCAUUCAUUCUGUUGGCUCUCCGAUCCAUGUAUACCCACUGUACGAGCACGGGUUUCGAGCACACCGGGGCCAAUCAGUCAGCGAAAAUCACGAAGAGUCUGCUAUUCUCUAUGCCAACUUCAGCCAAGUCGCGGCUCGCAAUCCACAUGCCUGGAACUAUGGACACGACGCCGACACGAUUAAGUCUAUCGGAACAGUGACAAAAAGAAAUCAUCCCCUCUUGAUGAAUGCAUUCAACACUGUCAAUCUAGCCGCUGCCUGUGUUUUAACGACGACGGAGUAUGCACAGCAGCUCCAAAUCCCCAAGGAUAAAUGGAUCUACCCACUAAGCGGGGCCGGCUACAAGGACAGCGAUUUCUGGCUUUCUAUCACAGAGCCAGCAAAACCUAUCACCGUUUUAGGCGGGCUGACGUCGUUCGGUGGUGCAGGAAAUAACUAUUCGAUGCAUGCUAUAACCGAGAUGGUCCGUCGGCUGCGGCAAGGGGUUGGCCGCAACGGGAUCAUUCUUGCCAAUGGUGGCGUACUGUCAUACCAGCAUGCAAUCUGUAUCUCAUCCUCGCCACGACGAAACAAUUCCCCUUAUCCUGACAGCAAUGCAUUCCGGAAUGUGGUCAAGGAGGCUGUGCCCGUGAUUGAAAUAGAGGCAGAGGGCAAAGCCAUUAUUGAAGUGACGCCUCCCUCCCCACGGAUAUUGAAUCUUAAUGCUGACAGCCACCAGACAUACACGGUUGAGUUUCACCGAGAUGGCUCACCGAUGAGAGCUUGUGUGGUUGGCCGGUUGAUAGACAACCAGCAUCGGUUUAUUGCGAACGAUGGAGAUCACUCCACUCUACAGCUGUUAGGGACGACGGGUGAUGAGCAGAUUGGGAAAGUGGGCGUUGUCAUACCAGAAUAUUCGUCUGGAGAAACGGGUCAGAAAAGAAAUCUGUUCUACUUGGAAACUGGUUCGAAGCUAUAG